AUGUCCGGUAUAAGGGAAGAAGCUAAUACUCAACCAUAUCUCGCCGUUGGUUUGCCGAUGACGAAUGAUAUUGUGGUUUCACCGGAGGGAAACUUUGUUGCUACAUCCCAUACUAACGGCCUGAUAAUAUGGAGUUUUUCCGAGAAGACACUGAAAAAGAAAAGAGAAACUGGUGUUAAUGUGUAUCAAGGACUUGCUGUUUCUGAUCAUGGAUAUAUGGCAGCCGGUCAUGUUGUAAUUUCUUACGGAGAAAAGAAAGACCCGUCACUCGAACCAGAACUGAAGAAUAGCAAUUGUGCGUUUCUUCGUUCUCGUGAAUUUGUUGUUGUGAACGAUGUCGGCGUUCAUCGAUAUGAUACUAGUGAAGACCGCUGGGAAGGAAAGACUACUGAAUUUGACUGGCCUUCCCCAACAGAGGAUGCUUUCAAUAGACGAACCACUCACGAGCCUGUUCGGUACUCUAUCACCAACGGGAAAUUAAUAUGCGUAUGUGGUAACUAUCUGGCACAGUGGGACCUCGCUAACGAAAAGAAGGAAAUGGAAUACUACAUUGGGAAUGAAACACUGGACUCUACGCGACAGAGAGAACAUGGUAAAGAAGAUUACGUUAUUGCAAUAGACUCUGAGAGUACUUUAUCUGCAUUCGUGACUAAGGAUGACGAUGCUCAGACAUUGACAGUGUACUGGAUACAAACAGGACUUGCGAUGUCGACGAUACGAGUAAAGAAUGAUACCGACGAUUUGAUCGUUGCUAUGGAGUUUAUAAAGACAUGGGAUUAUCUAUUGUUGCUAACAGUGACGAAAAGAGGAAAGGCUAUGUUAUGGUAUCCGCACAAUCUCUGCCAGAAACCUGCUAACGAAGGUUUUGGAACUCCACUAGAUACAAUUAAUCUUCAAGAGUAUGUUAGCCUGACUGAAUGGAGACCUAAGCGGACAUUUGCGAUCAGUGGAGCAAAGAUAAUAGUAAAAACGGAUGAUGUACCUAAAGUCAUAUGCGCAGUAGAAGACCACAUCAAAAACCUCAAUAAGAGUCUAUUCAAAUACCCGCUAGGCGCUACUCAUAUUCGGCACCUUUCAUUAAAAAAAGACCCUUCACGUUCAACCAUUUCGGUCAAUCGUCUAGAAACAACUGACCUGGAAACAACAGAUAUUUCCGGGGCAUCUCUCCGUUGGACUGUAGAUCCACAUUCUGGGCUUUGUGCUUAUAGAAAUUUAUCUCUCAUCACUUCCAUCAAUGCUCAAGAGUUUAAAUAUUUUGGAAAGAUGACACAUUCAAAAAUUUGGGAUAACGGUGAUCUGGUUAUAUUAACCGUUAGAUGUUUAUGCAUAUUUUAUCUCAGCGAUAACGAUACUAUCGAACUUGGUUAUUACUGGGAUAAUGGAAUGAGGCCUAGUAGCAUACUCACUUAUCUGUUUGAGCUGACAGACAUCUCUCUCGACGAACUAAUGGAUGAUAGCCGAUCAAACUUGUUUUAUACGGAGCUUAACGAUGAUGAUACACUCUUGCCACCACCUAGCUUCAAAAGUAUCUGGUGGCAUAAGCGAAAAGCAGAAGAAAGUAGUGAUCGGCCAAGAGCUAAAUUAUUUAAAAAUCUCAUUAAUUUAUUGAUAACUAGAGAUAAUCUAGCCAAGUAUGGAAAUAUAUUGCUCGCCGAAGCAAUUGAACAGAGAGACGAAGUUGCAGUCGAGUCUAUAAUAGAAACGUGUACUAAUCUCUUUUGCGAUAACUCGAUCGUGUAUAUUGGCUUCUUGCAAAUUGUAACUGACUCACUACCAGAAUUGUGUGUGCACUAUCCUGAUAAGGCCGCAAAAUAUUUUUCAAAUAUACGUUUGAUUUUGGCUCCACAAUGCCGCGCUGUACACAGUUUGAUGCUACCUUUCAAUCGUAUUUGUGCUUUUGCAUGUAGAACAGGAAAUCCGAGUGGGCUCACCAAGCGGAGCAAAUUCGCCAACACGUUGGACAUAAUGAACAUAUUUUUUGAACGAUAUUCAUUGAAGUUGGCAUGGCGGACUGCAUGGCAGGUGACUUUGCAACUGGCACGGAUUUUGCUGCGUUCCAAUACGUCACUAUCAAGGUUGUUAUUGAGAUCCUCGGCUCUGAGCGCAAGUAUCGGCAAAAUCGACCACAUGCUAGAAAGUUUCUGGUAUAGAACAAAACUUUGUAAAAGACGGUCUACAUUAACCCUCGUUGUUCGGCUACCGAACUUUUGUUCGUAUCCUCGGCAGUAUUCAGCUAUGAAAGACUUCUUUUUCCCAGCACCGAGUCCAUUUGUUAAAACUGUCAUUAGCAGAACACCAGAAUUGUUUAGAACUUGGGAUGGAGAAGCAUUGAUAAACUUCAAAUGGCGAACAUUUGGACGUUAUUAUUAUAUACUCGUUUGCAUAAAAUUUAUAGUAUUUGCUGUAUGCUUCAUAACUGCAAUAUCACUAACCGAGGAUGACUCAAAUAGUAGCACGAGACAAAAUCUCUUCUUAGCAGUUGUUGUAUUUGCUGGAUGGCAUCUUCAUCUUGAGGUUAGGCAAUUCAUAUGGAACCCAAUAUAUUAUGUCUUCUCACCAUGGAAUUGGUUCGAUUGUGGUGCAUUUAGUUUUCCUCUCGCUACUGCUGUAAAUUAUCUGCAGGAGAAUAACUCACCAAGAUGGAUGACAUCAGUAUCCAUUUUUCUUCUUUGGAUUAAGUUUCUGUUCCUUCUUCGACCGUUUGAGUAUUUUGGAAUUUAUAUGACAAUAAUAUUCGGCGUUAUAAAGCAAGUAUUCUCGUUUCUGGUGAUCCUUGGAAUUAUGGUCAUAGGAUUUGCACAUGCACUCUUUGUAUUGUUGAAACCAGAGUCUGGCACCUCAUGGGAAACGCCGUCAAGUCCAGAUAAUAGCGAUCCUAAUGAUCCAUGGAAACUGACAGAAUCACUUACCACAGUGCUAGACAAUGGAACGAUUGUAAAUGGCACAUCAUUAGUCGUGGAACCAGAUGAAAAUACAAACGUAUAUACGUGGUUCACUACUUCACUCUUGGGAGCAUACAAGUUUCUUGUUGGUGAUUGGUCUUCAGUUGCAAAUUGGGGCCCAAAUGAGAAUCCAUUAUUAGUCAUGAUGACAGUUCUAUUCUCUUUCUUUGUUGUGAUUUAUUUAAUGAAUCUCUUUAUUGGAUUGUUAAAUAAUGCAAUCAAUACAUAUCAUGAAUAUGUGUCAUAUUUAGCACAGAAAGCAGAGAUAUUGGCAGAGAUCGAGUUGUUUUAUCUUACUCCAAAUCAACGAAGAUCAGAAUGGUUUCCCAGUACCGUACAUUUUGAGGUUGAUACAAAGGAAUUACGGAAAGUUAUGACAGAGAAUAUUCAGGCCGAUCCUGAUUAUUCGUCUAAACUUUCAAAACAUAGCAAGAAAAUGUUGGACAUCCUGAAUAUCAAAUAA